AUGCCACGGCGUUGCUGUGUUCCUAAUUGUAAGGGAAAUUAUGACAGCACUUUAAAAGAUAACAAUUAUACUUCAAUAUUUUUGCUACCUAAAGAUGAGGAAUUACGGAAAAAAUGGAUAGCUGCUAUUCCUCGUAAAAAUUAGACACCAACAACAUAUUCUGCAGUGCAUUUUGCAGAAACUGAUAUUGAAAGGUAUCAGAGUAUUUUAUCUCCUACUGGUGUACUGGAAAAUGUUUUGUUGAGAUGUCAAAGGCUUAUUACGGAUGCAGUGCCUUCUAUUUUUCCUAAUUCACCUUCAUAUCUAACAAAACAUGUGCUACCACAGAGGAAAGAUCCUGCACAGCGUCAGGAAAGAAUUAUUAACAAUAACGACAAUUUAGUUAAACAAUUUAUUAAAUUUGAUUUAAUUAAUAACUUUACAGAAUUAGUGAAUACUUAUAAAGUAAAGCUUAUAAUUGCUAAUUGUUGGAACAUUAAAGUAACCACUUCAAAAAUUUAUUUUUAUAUGCUUGUAAAUAAUGAUUCUGAUUUUUUGACAGUGUCAACACAGAUCGUGAUUGCUGAUGACAUGACGCUAGAAAUUUGUGAAGAAGGUAAUAAAUUAUCAUUUACUGAUCUAAAGUGGGUACUGCCCAUAGAUAAGAAAUUGUCUAGGUGGUCCCAACUUCAGAAUAUAUUAACUAGAUAUAAAGUUAAGGUAACACAUACUACACAUUCUAGUACUGAUGUAUGUCUUAUUGAAAAGCAUCUAGAGAAGUCUCUAGAAGAACUUAAUAAAGCAUAUAUCAUUGCUGAAACAACUGAAUUUGCUUACACUAAAAAUCUAGAAAUAGCUGCGCUACAAAUACGACCGAGUUAG